UGAUAUUAUAUUACAUAUUAUAUAAUAAUUAUAAUUGUGCAGUUCCAGAAAAUAUCCAUGGUGAUUAAGCAUUAUUGGAAUUUACAGAGGGGUAGGGACCUUCUCUUCUGAGGGGGAGGUAUGGAUAUUGUCUCAUUUUGGUAUAACUGAUAUUAUUCUUCAAUUCAUGUUGUGCAAUGAUUAUUGGUUUUUUGAGGGUGGAACAAUUCUUGGUAGCCCAGAUGAGGUGCUUGAUCUUGGAGACACAGAGGUCACCCAAGUUGUUUUUAUGGAUUUCUUCAGUGGAAUUGAAGGCCAACAUUUUAGGGUCUUUGGUCAGAUGGUAAGUCCCAUCAUCAACUCCAUAUCAGUGAGACUAUCUGGAGGGACAUCAGUAUCAGGCUCGGCAACAUCGUUAAGAGGCCCAGAAACGAUAUUUGAACCAAGAGAUACCCCUUCUUCACAGAUGGGUCACUGAGACAUCAGCCUGAUGGCUGGUGAGUACUGAUACAGCACAGUGUAGUAUUUAAAGUCACUGCAAAAUUAUCAAAUAAAUAGUCACUGCAAAAUUAAUCC